AACGGGAAAAGAGAAAAAGGCAAAGGAAUCGCCGUCAGUUUGACAACAGCUUUCUGAGACACAGUGGGGAAUUGAGACGGCCCCAAACUGAGAUUCCAUUUUCGUUGUCCUCUCUCUAAACCUCUGUACUCACCUCGUGACAUGACACACCACACCACCCCCGAAAUUCACGAUUUAUCUUUCACCCUAACAAUCAAUCCCAUUAUUAUUGUUUACUCACAAUUAUUCCCGUGGCACCCCGAGACUGUAAUUUGUUUGGGUACAAGGAAGGAUAUAAUUUUGCAUCUUAACAUGACUUCGAUGCGGCCGAGAGUUUGAGAACGCCAUUGUUCCAGGCAUGAUUACAUACGAGCAAGAUCCAGAUGUCCUCCUCUGGGGGCUCCAGCUGUUUGAAGGCGACCCGUAUUUGAAUUGCGGAUAUUCGUGCUCCAUACCACAAAACAAUACGGAUAGCAACUAUCAACUAGAAAAUUAUGUUAAUGCAGACAAUCUUCACGAGGAGCUGUCUCGACUUUCAGUAGUCGAGCCAAAUCCAAUCAAAUCCUACCAGGAGGCUGUUGAAAGCCAACAGUCCCCGUUUUGUCCUCAAGAUUGGUUUUCUCAGUCGUUGGGAAACAACACUUAUGUAAUUGACAAUGCGAAUGAGAACGAGAAUGAAGAAGUAAAUGACUUGGGGGAUGAAAUGUAUCCUGAAGAGGAUUGGUCGUAUUUGCUUGAAUUAAUGGACGAGUAUGCUUUUAAUGGCGAAGUGGGUAAAAAGUUGAACCAGAUGGUUCCAAUUCCAUUCACACCAUUUAGUUUCCGAUUUGUUUUUCGUUUUCCUUCAAACACUGCCUCGUUUAUGCAGCAUAUUCCGAAAAUUAAUGGCGAUAUACCCUCCAUAGAUGACGCAACACUUGAUUAUCAAAGGCUUCGGGACAGUUUCGAGCUCUGUCAGACCAAUUUUAUCGUACACCUGAGCAUCACAAAUUCGUCCGUCAGCAGAUUGUGAAACAGGUUGAAGUUUUCUCUUGUUGCGAUUUUUCGUUUCUACAUAGUUAUAGCUUUGAUUUUGCACGAAAUUGAUUCUUCAUCUUCCAAUAAUUUGGAGUUCUA